AUGUCUUCUUACACGAAUCAGAAUGGUCAAGAAGAGAAGCUUGGAAUUGAAGAAGUUAUAGAUGAGUGCAAGACCUUCUACUUUGCAGCUAAGGAAACAACUGGCAACCUUUUGACGUUUGUUUUAGUCCUUUUAGCUAUGCACCAAGAAUGGCAAAACAUUGCUCGAGGAGGAGAUAUACGCGUGCUCGGACCAACCGGGAUUCCUACUUUAGACGUUUUACAAGACCUCAAGAUUAUACGGACUCAGAUCUAUUUAUCAGUGGUCGCGAUGCACCACGACACAAAAACAUGGGGAAACGACGCAGAAGAGUUUAAUCCGCACAUAUUUGAAGAUUCUAAGAAACAAUCAACUCUGCGUGUGCCGUUUGGGUUAGGGCCAAAGACUUGUGUGGGACAGAAUCUUGCUGUGAAUGAGACCAAAACUGUUAUGGCUACGAUCUUGAAGCAUUACAGUUUCAAGUUGUCUCCAAGUUAUGCUCAUGCUCCGGUUUUGUUUGUGACCUUGCAGCCUCAGAAUGAUGCUCAUCUUCUCUUUACUAGGAUUUCCAGUUAA